AUGUUUGUGAAGUGUUCAUACAUAGUGAUUAUUUUGGUUUUUAUUAAUUUAUUGGUUAUUCAAGGUCAAGAUGAUAAUCUUCACGUACAUUUUAUACUUUUUACACAAGAUGGCCGUGUUGAAUUAACCUCAAAAACUCUAGAUCUCAUAGAUAAUACAAAACCAUCAGUUUUUAUCAUUCAUGGAUUUUUUGCUGAUAUUACAAUCGAUGUCUUUUUAUUAAACAUUACAAAAACUUAUCGUGAUAAUAAAAAUCACAAUGCGAUUUUUGUCGAUUGGGGCCGCUCAUCAUUCGAUAAUUAUUCUUGGUUGGUGUAUGAAGGUGUGCCUAGAGUAGGAGCUAUUCUAGGUGCAUUUAUUAUGCAACUUUAUGAGCAUGGACUUGACCUAAAACGUGUGCAUUUGGUUGGACAGUCUUUAGGAGCGCAUAUUGCUGGUUUUGCUGGUAGAUAUAUCAAUGAAAAUCAUCCGAGAGGAGAAAAAAUCGGUAGGAUAAGUGGUUUGGAUCCUGCAGGUCCGCUUUAUUGGAAAGUGUUGACUAUCUUUGAGAAUCCGUAUAGUUUACGGGCGAGUGAUGCAGAUGUCGUUGAUUGUAUCCAUUCGAAUGGUGGAUAUUUAGGAACAGCGAAUAAUAUUGGCACGGUUGACUUUUUGGUUAAUGGAGGGAGUUAUCAGGAAUAUUGUGGGCAGUUUAAUUCGAGUUUUAGGUUUAUUUCUGAAC